CGCGCCGAUCCCCUUCCACUCUUAAUUCUUAAACCCUUUUCCCGUCUCCACCGCCAUCUUUAGGGGACGCCAGUUUUAGAGGCGCUUCUCUGUUCUUGGCGGCUGCGCGGUGGUUAACGAGCGAUUCAACCAGUAUGGCGGAUAGCUUUCUCCGCACUGAUUCCCAAUUGAUCGUCGCGGAACUUAAGCGAAAGGACAGACUGCUGAAACUCAAGCGAAGGUGGCUAAUAGGAGCGCCAUUGUCAGACCUCAAACUGAAGAGACUUUUGAACAACGAGUGCCUGCCUGAGUCAUUGCUUAGAGAAGAUGAUAUAUUUUAUGAUAAUGUUAAAACAUUUGUUGAACAAGCAUAUGGAGCACACCAUGUUGAAAGACAGGUCAAAACAACUAGUCAGUUUCUCAACGUGAACAACAUCGAAGGCAUUUUGUUGUCUUGUCUGGAUUUUUUGACCAGUAAAGGUCUUUACGUUGUUGCUACGUUCCUUACAAAAGGUGAGCUGAAGUGUGAAAAGACUCGGAAUAAAAUGAGAAAGGUUAUCCAGAAAUCUAUUCCAGGAUUUCUUAGGAAUCUGGAUAGCAACGAUGACAAAGUAGAAACUUUUACCAAGUUAUCUCAGCUUCUCACUGACCGAGAGAAUAUUAGACAGGACCACUGUUCACAUCUUUUUCAAUGGAAUGCUGCUGCAAUAAAAAUUCUGGAUAGACUGAAGGACUUGCCAACUGAAGCACUGUUUGCUAUGCGCAGAAAACUAAGAGGGAUGCCGGCAGAAUUACCUAGUUUACGGAAAACGAAACAUGGUUGGAGUCGAGAUACCCUGAUUUGUAAGGUUAAGAGAACUAUUAGGAAGAUGCUAUCGGAACUUGUUGGGAGUGGGAGGCAUAGCUUCCAGGAACCUUUAGCCAAGGCCCUAGCGGUUGCAGGUUUAUCACUAAAGCUGAAAAGAUGUCCUGGUUCCUGCAUGACUGACUUCAUGAAAUUUUCGCCAGAAAUAGAACUGUUACAGACAGAAAUCAUAAAGGCUAUUUGGUUUCUAGAAACUAAGGUCAGAAUGCCAGAGCUUCAAGCCUUGCAACAGUUGUUGGAUCCAUUUGCUAAUAUCUCAGCAAGGUCUUUACGAACAGCGAUGAAAAAAUUAUUCACCGAGUAUCUGUUUGACUGCAAUGAUUUAGACUUCAUUCCCAAGGGUUUUCCGAAAGCUCUUAAUCUUAUCAAUAGGUGCACUCGAGUUUCACCCGAUGGCUACUUGUUGAACCAUGCUAUUGAAGAGGAGGCAGAAUCUAUCUUAAGUGUAAGUUCUGAUAUAAAGCAGCUUGUUUGGGAUUUAAUUCCUGGCUAUGGGCUCGCUGAGAAUUUUGGCGAUGCAUAUAUGGAAGAGCCAUGUGGAAGUGAAGAUGAUGGUAGUGAUGUGUCUCCCAAGCAACAAGAAACUUUCGACUCCCCAAGUUUCAGAUAUGGUUCUAUGUACUCAGAGAACGAUGAAGAGAGCUGUGGAGAAUAUACGCCUUUGGAUGUUGAGCUAGACAAGCCUAAUCCCGACCAGGAAGGUGAGAGUCUUCCUAGUACACAUGAUGAUUGCGAGAUUGGCAAUCCUUCUCUGAGCAUGGUGUUAAGAGUCGAAUGUGAUAUGAACGCUGAACCUUAUCAGAGUAAUGCAAAUAGUCCAAGAAACGCAUCAGGUUUUCAUGAAUUGAACCUUUGCUCUAGAGGGGAAGAAUCUGGCCCUAGCAAUCAGACUCUUGGUAACAACUUGUACCUUGAUGUCCAAGACGCUUCCGAUGAGACAAGUUUGGUAGCCUACAAUCUCAUUGGUUCUCUAUUAGCGGGGUUCACAUUAGAAGAAAGGCUUGAUCUAGAUUAUGCAGAUGGAUAUCUGAGAGGAAACUAUUCAUAUCAACAGGAUGCAGGAAAGAUCUCUCCUACGAAACAGGCAGCUGGUUCUACAGUUGUUCAAGUGAUUGAAGAGCUAAUACCUUCCUUCCCUAGGAGUGGUGUGGAAAAACUGAAGGAGCUGAUGGACACUUGAAAAUUGAUUGGUAGAGCCUGGAGCAGCCCCAGAAUCAUAUUCUCCAGUGUUCUGGCUGCGUUGUGUGUUGAAGAAGCUCAUCUCCGUUUGCCGAUAUGUGCAUGGUUAUUGAGUUUAACAGAGAAGCAAGUCCCUGAAAAGUAAGAAACUCAAACCUAAACGUCAAAUGUGAGAUGAUGAGGAUGUAUCAGUUGUUGUGAAAUCUCUUCAACUGUAGAAUAUGUGUAUGUUCGUUAAAUUAUGCAUCUAUGAAGGAAUCUCGAUGUGGAAAUAUAAGCAUUUACGUAGGCCAGAGAGCCGAACUAGAAAUGAGGCCCUUCUGCAUUCAUUUUUCAAUCUAUUUUGGGUCUGCUCACUUGGUAGUUUAGAAUCAACUAGUCUUGAAAGGUAGUGUGCCCUGUGAGAUUGGUACCGAGUGUCCCGUCCCCCUUGCAUUACUAGCUGUAGCGGGCAGUUAGAAACGUGGUAUGGACCAAACCAAAGGUUCUGCUGCUAUCGACACCUACCCAAUUAACCAAAAGGGAUAGGAAGUCUGGUCUCUUAAGUACUCUAAGCUAGUGACUGUCGGUGAGAAACACAUGUUUCCUAUUGCGUUCGUUUGCGGUGGCAGAGCUCCAUGCUUAAUUUUGGUUUCCAGUUUUACUUUCUACUAGACACUUGGUAAUAUGGUCUGCAUUUAGUUUGCACGCAGAUGUCGUUGAUGGUGAGGCUUCAUGGGAUAAACAUGCUUAUGACCUGAUUUCGUGAAUGGCAAUGAUAGAUAGAGCUCAUGCAUCGAAUUUUUGGUAAGUCAUCCCUGUUCUUGCUUGAUCAUGUGUGUUGCACUUGCAUGUCUUGCUCCGUGGUUUCUUCUUUCCUUGUUCUCGAUCUUUUUAUCGUUUGCCAUGAAGCGUCUUGAACUAUAAUAACUUUGUUCAACAUGCAGGAGGGGUGUAACAAUCUGGCCAAACUACAGCUAAGAAUCAUAGAAGAGGCAGAGUACGCAUUUCAGGAUCAUUGCACGCAACUUGGUAGUAAUUAAUCCAAUAGGAAAGCAGACACGCUGACGAGCCCUUGUCGACAGGCUGAAGUUUUGGCAGCUGCUUACUGAGGUAAGCGCGCAGAAAUUAUCCCUUCUCAUCUCGUGUCGAGGUCCAGAGUCUCGAGCUGUUUCGAUGAGAUUUGAUGCAUUAUUAUGAUGUUGGUAAAUCAUGGGUUGAGCUCUAUUUUGGUGGAGAACAUGAAAAUUUUGAGAUUUAAUAUCCAAAAGACAAAUAAAAUUAUUUUUAUUGU